CCUGAACGCACUCUCGGCCGGCUUAGGGUUUCUUCUGCGCUUCGCUUCCACCCAAGCUUCUACGGCUUCGUCGCCGCCGCCGUGGGUCGUAUGCACAGUCGCGGAAAGGGUAUAUCCUCGUCGGUGCUGCCGUACAAUACGACUCCGCCGAGUUGGCUUAAGAUCUUCGCUUCAGAAGUGGAGGAAAGCAUUUGCAAGUUUUCCAAGAAGGGACUGACUCCGUCGCAGAUUGGUGUCAUUCUUCGUUACUCUUGCAGAGAUAAUUUACUAUCAAAUCAAACCGAAAGAUUCAAGAGGUUUGUUGUAUUCAAGAGAUAAAACAUAAGCAGGAUAGAGAAUUUAACAUGGAUGAACCUACCAUGGAGGAAAAGCUUUCAAGCUUAGACAUGCUUAAUGAUGAGAAAUUAGAUACCAAAGCUAUACCAGAGCCAGCUGUCACUGUUGAGCUCCCAAGGGCAGAUUCAUUGCAUAUUUUGUUGAGGCAAGCUCUACAUGCUGAAGAUCAGGCAUUACUAUUGGACUGUUUAUAUACAAGGGAUGAAAAGGUUAUUGCAAAGUCAAUAGCGCUCCUGAAUCCAGCUAAUGUUGUCAAGCUUCUGAAGUGCCUUCUAUUCAUGGCCGAGUCAAGGGGUGCCGUAUUGGUUUGUGCACUUCCGUGGAUAAGAAUCUUGCUUUGUCAACAAGCAAGCAGUAUAAUGUCACAGGAAUCAUCCAUCCGCAUUCUCAAUUCUUUAUACCAGCUAAUUGAUUCAAGGAUUUCAACAUUUGGAUCAGCUUUGCAGCUAUCAUCCUGUUUAGAUCACCUGUUUCCUAGGAUUGCUGAUGAAGCUGAUGAUGGAGGGGCAGACCAACCCAUUAUAUAUGAGAACAGUGAUAGCGAAGAAUCUGAAGACGCAAUGGAGACUGAUGAAGGCAGUGAAGGACUCAGCGAUGUCACUGAUGCUCAUGGUUCUGAUUUGAGUGAUGUCAUGAGUGAUGAAGAUGGUGGCCAUUAGGGAGCGAAGUCUAUAGUUUCAUGCAUAGUCAACCCAACUCGCCAUCUUUUCAACUUAUGGCCUAACUUGAGAUAGAUUGAAGCUUUCGUGGCAAAUGCAGGGGGUGAAACAAAAUCCUGUUUGUUCCCAUGAUGAUGCCCAACAUGCAAGACUUCCAAUCUGUCGGUCUGCUGAAAAUUCGCCCUUCUAGAUCAAUGCCAAGAGAGCAACUUUGAGGAAGCUGCUUUAUGAAAGCUUGUUGCCUACAGCAAGAUUAUAAUCAUAAAAAUUUGCUACAUGUUUGUCCAAAGAAGUAGCGGCCUGUAACUUGAUUCUUCACUAGUCUUUAUGUAAACUUUUUUGGCAAUCUAAUACGUUGAAUGGGUUGAAAUGUUGGAGAAUUCA